UGUGCGCGUAACUACACGGUCGAGCUCGGCGACACCUGCGACGGCAUCGCGGCGAAGACGAACACGCCCACCUUCCAGCUCGAGACGGUGAACGCAGACAAGAUCGACGCCGCGUGCGACAAUCUUGCGCUAGGCGAGCCUUUGUGCCUCGGUAUCAUUGGCGAGGACUGCGACAUCACCCACGUCGUCCAGCCUGGCGACAGCUGCGGCGUGAUCGCGCAAAACGCAAAGACGACCCUGGACAUCCUGUUGGCCAACAACCCAAACGUCAAUGCUGACUGCACGAACAUCGGUGUCGGAGAGGUACAUACGCCCUUCAUAUGA